AUGGGAGCAGAGAUCCAGAACACCACGGCCAACGUGCCCUACGUGCAAUUCGCCCUCAUUCCAUUCCCGGGUCUCCAGCAGUUCAGGUCCUUCCUCGCCGUUCCUUUCUUCUGCCUGUUUCUCCUCAUUGUGACCACCAACUCCGUCCUGAUCUACACGGUGAAGACCGAGGAGAGCCUCCAUUCCCCCAUGUGCCUGCUCAUCGCCCUGCUCCUGACGGUCAACCUCUUUGGGACCUUUGCCAUCCUUCCCAGAAUGCUCCUCAGCCUGCUGCUCCCCGCCAGCCACAUCUCCUUGACCGAAUGUCUGGUGCAAAUGUUCUUCCUUUACUUCACGAUGUUCCUGGACUGCAACGUUCUGCUGAUUAUGGCUCUAGACCGCUUCCUGGCCAUUUGCCACCCACUGCGCUACGCAGAUCUCAUGACCACCAAGCUCCUGGGCUUCCUGAUGCUCCUCUCCAUGCUGAGAGGUCUUUGCAUGGUUGGACCAGUGGUGGCCUUGGCCUCCCAAGUGCGGUUCUGCCGUUCGAACGUCAUCAACCAUUUUGCUUGUGAACACAUGGCCCUCAUGAGGUUGUCCUGCAGCGAUAUCUCCGUGAACAAGAGGGCAGGUAUGGCCUUGCGGUCCUUUGAAUUCAUCCUUGACCUCAUCCUCCUCCUGGCUUCCUAUGGCCGGAUUGUCCACACUGCUCUAAAGAUCCGCUCUGGCAACGUCCGUCAGAAAGUCUUCCACACUUGUGGCACCCACUGGAUUGUGAUUGUCAUCAGCUACUCCUCUCGCCUUUCUUCGUCUGUCGUCUUCCGACUCGUCAAAUCGUCCUCCCAAGACGUCCACAACCUCAUCAGUGCAACCUACUUGCUCUUCCCCUGGACCGUCCACCCUUUGAUCUACGGCGUGAGAACCAAAGAGAUCAGACGGAGCCUUCUGAAACUCUUUCCAGAAAAAAAGACCUUCUGA